AGGCAUUUGUAGCAUUAGAUAUCACAAGUCUGUGUGUUGCCAAUUGCCAUUGCAGUAGAGGAAGAAACAUCGAGAUUCAAGAAUGAGCUUAACACUAUUACAGGGCUACUCUUCUCCUGAAGAAGAAGAAGAGAUUUCACUCUCUGACACCUCAGAUGAAGAAUCUCAAGAUUAUAAUAAUUCAUCUAAGAACAACAAACCCUUGAUUCCAAACACGCCCUUAUUCGACCCCUCCAAUCCCCCUUCUUCUAAACCCUCUUCUCUGCCUUCAGCUUUCGAUGUUUUCUCACAGAUUACUGGGCCACCUAAGUUCUUGAAUAACUGUGCGGAUGCGGUGGCAGACCGUGUGGCUAGUGAGAAUGAGGGGCAGCGGUGGAGGCAGAGGCAUCGGAAGAAUCGAAAACAGAAGACUGAUUUGCCUACUGGCGCAGUAGUGGAGGCCAAAGCUCAACUAGUUGGAAUCCAUGAAAGAGUAAGAAGUGAUGCUGAGAGUGGCCUUUCUAACACAACAGCAGUUCAGAAUGAUUCUUUGAGCACAACACAAGGAGUUAAGCGUGUAGCAACUGCAACGAAUCCAAAUGCAGAAGAUGCUGCUGAGCUUUUGAGGAUGUGCCUUCAAUGUGGAGUGCCCAAAACAUUCUCCAAUGCCCAAGGAAUGGUCUGUCCAUUAUGUGGUGAUCGGCCUGUUGCUGAAACAGACAAAGAGUCUAAGAAGAAGGGUUCUGCUAUUAAAGACAAGGAGAAGAGCAAGCGGAUGAAAGGCCAGUCAUCACACGCCACGUGGAAGAGUGAAACAGAGAUGCAGCUGCGACAACAAUUUGAUUAGCAGAAUGAAAUAUAAUCAAGAAAGUUGCUCCUAACCAUGUCCAACUUUUUCCUAUAUUCAUUAGAGGCUUAGCUGUUGUAUAAUUUCAUAUUCAGAUUUUACAAAAUUGUUUGUUGAUUGUCAACUUGCCAUUUGCAACCUAGAAUAUGGUUUAAUUGCUUUGUUAUAAUUGGUUCCAACUCCAAAUUAUAGCUUAGCUAACUGUAUUUGCUAUUAUUACAGUGGAAUCUCAAUAUUCACACAA